GGAUCGCGACCGUCUAAGUCGUUUCGUGUUUUGUUCUUUUCGGCAGGUGUGUUCGCGGAUACAAUGUUCGGUUUCGCUAUGGCACCGAUCUCGGCGAGGAGCCGCCCGCCGGCGGCAGGGCGGCCGGUGGCAAGGGCGGCGAGUUCAGGUUCGAGAGGGAUCAGGUCUGGUGCGAUACCCUCGGCCAAGGUUGGUUCUCCGAUGAUUCCGAGUGUGCGCGUGCGAGUGCGAGGUGUCAAGGCAGCUGGCCGAGGAAAACAUAUCGAGCGUAUGCAACCUGGCCUCGAUAUGUCUGGCUUCUCGGCUACUUGGCAUAUGUUGUAUCAUGUCCCGUCACUCGGCGCCUCCAUCCUCUCCGCUGACGACGAAUGUUAGUCUCCUUCGUGGACGAGACCCCCGAUGUAACGCGCAACUACGAUAGCGGACUCUCCCCCGUCGGCUCGCCGCCACCGCAUUCGAAUACGCCCUUCGGCGCCGUCCGGCAGGUCGCAAUCCGCAGUCUGAUCUCGCCCUCCGCAUCGAUAGCUUCUCCGCCGAGUGAUGGCGGUAGCCGUGGGAACUCGGCGGUGCACUCUCCGAUCGACGAGCCUACACCUCGCGAGUUUGAGAGUGCCUAUCCGAUGGAGGACUCAUUCCGAGAUGGGAAUACGAGCAUUGGCCGGAGAAUGGAAACGAGAAGGCUGCCGCUGUCGGAUAUUCUCAUCCCUCCGCCGCAGAGGGGACCGUUGAUAUCGCCCCCGCCGUCGAGGAAGACGUACGACGAUCCCAUGGAUGAGGAUGACCACGAGGUGCAGAGGAUGGGGUGGCCGCUGGGAGAUCGGCGGGAUGCAGUGUUGCUGAGACAUUAUAUCACGCACUUGGGGAAAUGGUAUGAUGUUCACGACAGCAAAAACCACUUCCAAACCGUGGUGCCACUGGAGUCCGCCAGCAAUCCCAUGCUGUUGAGCGCCAUGCUGGCACUCGCCGCUCGACAUCUCACACAUACCAGUGACUACGAUCCGGGCGUGGCAGGUCACUACCACCAGGUGUGCCUGAAGCAGUUCAUUCCCGCGCUCGAGUCAGCCGGUCGGAGUCUUGAACCAACGUUCCUGGCCACGGCAUUGUUGCUGCGGACGUAUGAGGAGUUCGACACCACGCAAGAUGAUGCACAAGUCGGCGGCGACUACCUAGCCCGUGCAUCAUUACUAUUCUGUUCUCCUCCCCCGCAGGAUCUCCCCGCCAACAGCCUCCGCACGGCCUGCUUCUGGAUCCACCUACGCCAAGAAAUAACCAGCAGUUUCCUCGCGCGCCGCCCAGUUAGCACGCACCACUCGCACCUCCAGCACGUACUCUCACACAGCCGAUCGGACGCUUACACCCCCGCCAACGCGAUAACGCUUCUUGCCGCAGACAUCCUCGCCUUCGCGUUCAGCGUCAACGGCAGCGGCAGCAGCAACAGCCUAUGGGAGCGCCUCUACACACAGGUCGCGGACUGGCACGCUCUGCACUCCCCCAGCUUCCACCGCCUAUACCACGUUCCGCGCGACAGCGCCCGCGGGCAAUGGUGGCCCGAGACAUGGGUACGCACCAUCCCUCCCCCUCCCCCGUCCCUUCUUCCCCGUUCUCUAACGCAAGAAACAGUACGCACUCCCGCACCACGCGACAGCCAUGCAGUACUACUACCUAUCCCGCCUACUACUGGCCCUGUAUAACCCAAGCUUCCCGCGGAUCUCGUCGGGGCCCGGCGUCACCCGCGACGCGACCGCAAAGGUCAUUGCCGAAGUGGUGGAUAAUGUUCGCGCGAUGUGUGGCAUCGCACGGGGGAAUGAGGGGCUGCCGGAUACGGCGCAGGGUCUGGUUAAGGGCGUUGUCGAGGUCUGUACGGGGUGGUUUGAGGAGGUGGAGGAGAGGAGGGCUUUGAGGGGUGUGGG